AAGGACCCUACCACAAAGGGCAAAGAGAAAGCCAGGGUUGGUAGUGUUUGAAGAGAAGAUCAUGUUCUGUCUGAAGAGGCUUCCAUUUCUGCUCUUACUCCAUGUGCAGAUUUCCAAGGCCUUUCCUGUAUCUUUUAAGGAGAAAGAUACAAAAAUUGUUCAGAAUAAUUAAGCCUUUUCUACAGUAGUGAAGAGGGUAAGAGGAACUGCAUUGAUGCAACAAAUACCUCGAGAGAAGUCAAUUAAUGACUACCUGGAAAAGUUCUACCAAUUACCAAGCAACCAGUAUCAGUCUAUAAGGAAGAACAGCAUUAAUAUGAUUGUUGAAAAGCUUAAAGAAAUGCAGCGAUUUUUUGGGUUGAAUGUGACGGGGAAGCCAGAUGCGGAAACUCUGGAGAUGAUGAAACAGCCUCGCUGUGGAGUGCCUGACAGUGGUGAUUUUAUGAUAACCCCAGGAAACCCCAAGUGGGAACAAACUAACUUGACCUACAGGUUUAUAAACUAUACGCCACAGCUGUCAGUGACUGAGGUAGAAACAGCUAUUGGGAACGCCUUUAAAAUCUGGAGUGAUCCGUCACCUCUCACCUUCACGAGGAUCUCACAGGGAGAGGCAGAUAUCAACAUUGCUUUUUUCCCAAGAGAUCAUGGUGACAAUUCUCCAUUCGAUGGACCCAAUGGAAUCCUUGCUCAUGCCUUUCAGCCAGGCCAAGGUAUUGGAGGAGAUGCUCAUUUUGAUGCAGAAGAAACCUGGACCAGUACCUCCGAAAAUUACAACUUGUUUCUUGUUGCUGCUCAUGAAUUUGGUCAUUCUUUGGGGCUCUCUCACUCCUCUGACCCUGGUGCCUUGAUGUACCCCAACUACGCUUUCAGGGAACCCAGCACCUACUCACUCCCUCAAGAUGACAUCAAUGGCAUUCAGGCCAUCUAUGGACCUUCAAGCAACCCUAUCCAACCUACUGGACCAAGCACACCCAGAUCCUGUGACCCCAGCUUGACAUUUGAUGCUAUCACCACACUCCGUGGAGAAAUAUUUUUCUUUAAAGACAAGUACUUCUGGAGAAGGCAUCCUCAGCUACGAAGAGUCGAAAUGAAUUUUAUUUCUCUAUUCUGGCCAUCCCUUCCAACUGGUAUACAGGCUGCUUAUGAGGAUUUUGACAGGGAUCUUGUUUUCCUAUUUAAAGGCAACCAAUACUGGGCUCUGAGUGGCUAUGACAUUCAGCAAGGUUAUCCCAGGGAUAUAUCAAACUAUGGCUUCCCCAGCAGUGUCCAAGCAAUUGAUGCAGCUGUCUUCUACAAAAGUAAAACAUACUUCUUUGUAAAUGACCAAUUCUGGAGAUAUGAUAACCAAAGACAAUUCAUGGAACCAGGUUAUCCCCAAAGCAUAUCAGGUAUCUUUCCAGGAAUAGAAAGUAAAGUUGACGCAGUUUUCCAGCAAGAACACUUCUUCCUUUUCUUCAGUGGACCAAUAUAUUAUGCAUUUGAUCUUAGUGCUCAGAGAGUUACCAAAAUUGCUAGAGGCAAUAAAUGGCUUAACUGCAGAUAAAGCUGAAGCAAAAUCAAAUACGGUUGUAUCCAUUUUCAGAAUGUGGAAGGAAAGUUUAGUAUGCAUAUUCAUUACACUGUGUCCUAUUUAUACUUUUCUCAAUAUUAACUCAUUCUUUGCCAUCACUGUAUUCAUUCUGCCUGUUUUCAGUAAAAUAUGUUUGGAAUAUUCCACUGUUUGCAGAGGAUUAAUCACUUCUUACACAUUCCAUCUUAAAUCAGCGAAUCCUUCAAAGAGAAGGAAAGUAAGCCUUUUGUCACUUCAAUAUUUACUAUUUCAAUACUUAUAUAUCUGACUUCUAAAAUUUAUUAUCUUAUUAUUUGCCUGUCUGACUUCAGAUAUACCUCAGUCUCUCUCUUUAAAUGUCCUAUGUAUAUCUUCUACAUGCAAUUUAGAACUAGAUUUUGGUUAGAAGUAACUGUUAUAAGCAACCUAGACAGUACCCUUUGCCUUUACAGAAAAUAUGAUGCUGUUGCUGUUUUCUACUCUUGGAAAGAAAUAUGGAUGAUAUAUUGUGUGGGUUGAAUUGUGUCUCCCAUAAAAGAUAUGUUGAAGUUCUAACCCCAGUUGCCUAUGAAUGUGAGCUUAAUUGGAACCAAGGUCUUUGCAGGUGAAUUAGUUAAGGUGAGGGCAUACUGAAUUAGGGUGGGCCUUAUUUCUCAGAGAGUCACCAUUAUGACUGUUGUUCUUAUAAGAAGAAGAGAGACAUAGCCACCUAAGGGAGGAGUCCAUGUGAAGGCAGA